GCCUUGAAGCCAAAGCGAAGGUCUAUCAUAAUCUCGUAAUCUUAAAUUUACACAAAAACUGGGAUGAAUUUGAAUGUUAGCUGGCUUUGUUUUGUGUUUGUCCUAGUGUGAAUAUGACGUGAGCUUCUAGCCUUCAAAAAGCCAACUGAUGCGUGUUUAGAUAAACUACAAAAGGUGACAGAUGGAGACCCCAACACUCAUUCACAUUCACAGGAUCAGGGAGUAAAAUGGUUCUUCAACGAAGGAUCUCAUUGUCGUUCCUCAUCUUUUCAGUAUCAAUUGCUUUGGCAGCUUCAUGUGACAGUCGGUGUUUGGCAAAUUUGAUCAUUGCUAAAAAAAUGAAGAGUGCACCACAGGGAAGCAGCUCUUCUGUCACUGUAAACGUCACUUCGAUGAAUUAUGAGACUCUGUCUUUUGAUACAAAGGAAAUGCAAAUGAGCUGCCGAGUUACAGUAAACAUGCGGUGGACAGAUCCUGAUCUAGCAUGGGGUAAAAACAUAUCUGACAUGAAAGCAGUUCUGUUGCCAGCUGACAAAAUUUGGACUCCUGGGCUUGUUUUGGACAAUGCGAUAGAUGUAACCAUGAAGCCACAAACAGAAGAUGUACUGGUGACGGUGGAAGGAACUGUGGACCAUGCUGUUAUCUUGUUCAUAGCAGUGAGCUGUGACAUCAACCUUUUCACUUACCCCUUUGUGACAGGAGAUUGUCCUGUGGCCAUCAACGGAUGGAAUAAAAGCAGUUAUGGGCUCAUACUUCAACACUCAAAUAACAUAUCUAUGUCCGGGAAUACUCAGAGUGGUGAAUGGAAUGCUUUGAAAGUGGAAAUAACUACAGAUUCAGAUUUUCAGUACCUCAGAUAUCUCUCGGUGACUUUAUCCAUCAAUCCUUUCAGUGCUGUUGUGACCCUGAUCCUUCCCAGUAUACUAAUAAUGCUGGCAGACCUGGUGAGCUUUUCUCUGCCCAUUACAGGAGGAGAACGCAACAACCUCAAGGUCACCUUGGUCUUGAGCUUCACCAUGUUUCUCCUCAUCCUCAAUGAUCGUCUGUCCAGCGGUGGAGCGUGCAGCCCUCUCCUCCAUUAUCACUUCUGCUUCUGUCUGGUUAAUCUGGUGCUGAGCAUGGUGAUGUCUGUAGUGCUGACACAUCUGACGACUGCUGACAGCAUCCUAAAUUCUAAAUGUUUAAAGAGAAAGAAAGGACAAAAUACCCAUCUGGAUCAAGAUGAAGAUGCUGGUGCGAUUGUGACAAAAACCCCAAGUGAAACAGAGAUGGAUUCCAUCCAGAAAAUAGUGCAGUUUCUGGAAAGGGUGGACCAAAAGGAACAAGAGGCAAACAGCAACGAAGCCUUUGUUGACCGCUUGGACGCAAUCUGUUUCUUGCUUUUUUUGUUCAUUGACAUAAUUUACAUCAUCUGUGUUGUCAUUAUCACCACAACAAAUAUUUGCAAACCCCAAAAGUUGAAUAUCUGGAAUAAGGAAGAAUUGUUUGACUUUAUUCCUGGACUAAUAACUACUAGUAUGGAUGAUAAUAUUAAUGAUACAGAUUAUUAUGUUUAAAGGUGACAUGAUGGCUCAAUGGUUAGCACUGUCACCUUACAGCAAAAAGGUCACUGGUUCAAGCCCCGGCUGGGUCCGUUGGUAUUUCAAUGUGGAGUCAGCAUGCUCUCCUCAUUCUACGUGGGUUUCCUCUGGUUGCUUUGGUUUCCUCCAGGGGUCAAAGACAUGCGGUACAGUU